AGAGCCACUCGCUAAUGCAAUUCACAGCUGUAGCUGAACUACUGCAUGCAUAUUGGAUCCCGGUCUCGUCUCGCCCAAAGCGCGUCCCGUCAGCUUUCUCCCGCUCUUGCAGCACCUCAAACGUUGAAACGUUGCCUUCGAGCAUACGCGAGCCAACCGACCCUGUCUAUCCACGGCGAUGGAACUGAAUUAGUACCUGACUGACGCCUCUUUCCCCGCACUACCGAACGGACGGUACUCCGGAACCCUUUCUAUAGAGUACGACCGGCACAUGGCGGCCCCUUUCCGGCAGAGGUGUAGGGCAGAGGUGUAGGGCAGAGGUGUAGGGCAGAGGGGCUCCACUCUAUUAAUGUUGGCAGGCCUCUUGAAUCCUACCCAUGGAUCUGGUUCUCUAUUUUACCACGUUCCCCCUGUAACUAGUACGCAGUGACAGUUCUCUAAACGCAUCAUCGAAGAAUACAAUGUCGACUUCUACAGACUACAAAGUCUCGUGUAUCGCCUUUGGGUUCACUCUCGGCUUUGGGUAUCUGACAGGAUGGGAUGCUUGGAAGCUCACCAGGAAGCACCGCAGUCCGCUACGGAGCAUGUUCAUCUGGAUGGUGUGGGGUGAGCUCAUUGUCAACCUCGCCAUUGCAAUUGUGGCGUGGCUUUUCUUGGAAGGAAUUAUUAAACCUACGUUCCCCACUUUCUUCUUCAUCUUGGUCCUUUGGGUCUUCGAAAUCCAAUUUAUCCUCCAGAUCCUUGUCAACCGCGUCUCCCUCAUCACACGCAAAGAUUCCAAAGUCGAGUAUAUCCGCUGGGGAACCGUAGGCAUCAUAUCCAUCAUCGAAAUCUCUGUCUUUUGCAUUUGGAUUCCUGCGCACCUUGAUGUAUCACAAACCUAUGUUCAUAUCAACAACAUCUGGGACAAAAUAACGAAAUUCAUCAUCCUCUUCGUCGACUGCGGGCUGAAUUACUACUUCAUAACCCAAAUCAGACACCGCCUUGUACGCAACGGGAUCGAGAAGUACAACGACCUAGUCCGUUUCAACCUACGUAUCAUCAUCGUGUCAAUCAGCAUGGACCUCCUUAUCGUCGGCACAAUGUUCCUUCAAAACGGCGUCGUCUUCCUCCAAUUCCACCCAGUCGCCUACACCGUGAAACUAAAGAUCGAACUCUCAAUGACCAAUCUCAUCACCAAAAUCGCCCAGGAAACCGUCCAAUCCCGCGUCGGCGCCCUCUCCCACUCUACCUCCAAGUCUCACAAGAUCGGGAUCAUCUCGUCGAUCACCUCCGGGCAUAAGAGGCUUACCACUCCCCGUGCCCCAGGUAACGCCGAUGGGGAGCCGGGGGAUUUGGGCAUGAUCGGGCUGACGGAUCGUGUGAAGGGAGGCGUGCAGACGCAUGUGAGCGGGGAUGUGGAGACAGGGUCUCAGGAAUGGGAGGAGGGGAAGGGGAUCCAGAUGCGGAGGGAGGUGAGACAGGAGGUGACGUAUGCGAAUAGGCAAGAGGAGAGGGAGGGAAGGGCGAGUACGCAGGGGAGCCGGGAGUUUGUAGAGGGGUUUGAUGAGGAUGAUCAGAAGCCGUUGGCUUGGUAGAGGGAUCUGGGAUUUGGAUUGGGCUGGGUGUUUGUGGGUUGGAGGGGGAUAUCCACAGUUUAUACAGCGACAGGCCACUAGUCUGUGGACACUUGUUUGCCACUGCUUCGGGUACGGUUUCAAGAGUCGAGCCGCCGAUGUCAAGUUUCAAGCAGUGCAAAUCACACUGCUCCUUGACUCACUGGCUACUGACUAGCUGGGAUGAUCCCCACAGUCGCGUUAGGUGGGCAGGAUUUUAGCCAAGCAGUGAUGAACUCGCGUUCCCAGACUUAUGGCCUAAUACUGUAUCAAUCCCGUUCCUCGAUGUUGAAUCUAAGGUAAGCUUAUUUGAACCCGUGUAGCUUCACCCGGGAUCUUUUGGAGGUGCAUUUCGAGUCAUUUCUUCACUUUUUCAUGGAGUAUCUCAUUAAUACCCGCAACCUCGUACUCUAUCGAAGAAAAGGCAGCCAUAUCACCAAC